GGAUGAUUGAGGUGCUAAAGAAGCACUGAAGGAAGACAAGGCCAUUGCAGAGAAGCUAACACGAUCCUUUGCAUCAGUCUUCACUGCAGAGGAUGUGAGGGAGAUUCCCACACCUGAGCCAUUCUCUUUAGGUGACAAAUCGGAAGAACUGUUCCAGAAUCAGGUGUCUAUAGAGGAGGUUUUGGAACUUGUUGCCAGGGGAUGUUGUGAAGACCAAAAGUAUAACAGGGUUCAAAAGAGAAUUCGAGAAGACACUUUGAAUGGUUUAUGAGAAGAAAGCAAGAUGGACGGAAGUCAGCCCCGCACCGAGACUCCCACGGCUCCCAAGAAGAUCUCUCUGCUUUCCUCUCCCAUGCGGGCAGUCAUCCGUCUGCGACGAAAAGUCCAGUUCCUGAAGAAAAGCCGCCUGCAUCUGAACCUUCCCAGAGAACAAUCUCCAGAGCUGGUCCAAACUAGGCUUCUUCAAAGGCAGAUUUCCUUGAGCCGAACAAACCUGUGUAACCCUUCGAUGGCCCUCUUUAAUCAAGCCACCUUUGACAGUUCUCAGUACUUCACCUUUGACACCACUGUGGACCAUUCAGUGGUGAAUAAAUACAAACGGAAGAAGUCCCGCAGGAAGUCCAGGGUGGUGUUGUAUCCAGAAAGCUCCAAAAAGUACCUUCCAACAGAGCAAAAGAGUAAAGCAAAGCGCUGCCUUCUCUUGCUCAUUGGCAUCAUCUGCUUCCAAAUACUAAAUGCUAUCGAGAAUCUGGAUGACAACCUUCAGAAGUACGACCUAGAUGGGCUGGAGAAAACCAUGCACCGGGAAGUAUUUGGGCAGAAGGUGGCUGUGGACAGAAUUAUGGAAUUGUUGAAAGAAUACCUAGCCACCCAUAUACACAACAAGCCAUUAGUGAUCUCCUUCAAUGGCCCACCUGGGGUUGGAAAGAGCCAUGUUGGAUGGCUGCUGGCUAAACACUUCCGUUCAGUCAUGGACAAUGACUUUGUGCUUCAGUACUUUGUGAUGCACCACUGUCCAAACAAGGAGGCUACUCCUGCUUGCCAAUCGGAUUUGUCUGAAAAGAUUUCCGAGAUGGUCACCAGAGCAGAAAUAGAAGAGAAGAUACCAUUGUUUAUUCUGGAUGAGGUUGAGCUCAUGUCUCCAGUCCUGCUGGAUACGCUCAGCAGAUUCUUCCAACCGAACCAGACCAACGAGUUCCUCAAUGCCAUCUACGUUCUAAUAAGCAACGUAGGGGGCAGUGAAAUCACAACGUUUGCCCUCCAGAAUGUUUCCAGUGACCUUCUGCACCAGCAAAGACAAACAGAAGAACUGCUGUACAUUAUCCAGCCUGUUCUGACCCACUUCCACCCUCUUUGGAAGUCUGCUGACAUCAUCCCAUUUGGUCUGCUGGAGAAGAGUCAUGUCAUAAACUGCAUCUUGGAGGAGAUGAUGCGGGAAGGGCUGUACCCCGAUCAGAGCCAUAUUGAGAAUUUAGCUAGCCAGCUCGGCUAUUACACUACAGGAGGCAGGGAGUACGCCAUAACGGGCUGCAAGCAGGUCGGAGCCAAAGUCAAUCUACUGUAGCAGCAACCAUAAAGAAGAGGCCAAAUCCUGUUCUCGGCACUUUGCACUCAAUGGAGAUAGCCUGGCUGUCCACUGGCGUGACUGACAGCAGAUUUUGGCCCAAGAUGCAUUUCUUCAAGAGGACAGAUACGAAGCUGUCCCAGUGACCACGUGAUAAGAGGGUUCCAGGAGGCAGAACAGCAGCUGUCACCUCUUCUAAGAUGAGCUCUGUUCUCCUAUUGAUUUAUCGGACUUGAGUCACUGAACUCCCACUGUCCUGUUGACUAAGGCCAGGAUCUCUCGCUGAGGAUAUGUCUGCAAAGCAAUGUAAGGCCGGGUCUGAGCCCGGGCACAAGCCAACCCCCCUUGUGUCCACCCUGUAAAUGUGCUAGCCUAGGGCUCCAGAUCCAAGCCUGCAGGGCUGGAAGCUCCGAGCCCUACUGCUUUCCUGUGUGUACUUGGCCCCAGCCUGAUUUGGGUCCGGAAGUCCUCUGGAUGUAUCCCAGAGUUCCCGGUGGCAGAGGAGCAACGCUGCAGGCAGCCAGCACAGCAGCUGGAAGUGCCAUUACUGCCUGGCAGAGCACGUUCCCUGUUCCUGCUCCUCUCACAGUAGCUGCUCCUGCUCCGGCUCCUCCUCGCUGCUGCGUGCAGGGGCGGCUCCAGGCACCAGCGCACCAAACACGUGCCUGGGGUGGGAAGCCACGGGGGGCGGUCUGCCGGU